AUGAGUUCAUUUCAGUUUGAACUUGGGGUUCAGUUUGGAACAUCUCUUGAAGCUCCUCAUGUUAUCAACGUGGAAUCACAGCUAUGGGCGGGUGUGAUUCACAGUGGGCCGGGUAAUUACCCAUUGAAUGCCAGUUACAAAACAUGUGAGGGCUAUGGUUUCCAGGAUGCACUUGGAACAUCCCUUGAAAAAAUAUGCAAAGUUGUCCCUGGUGGGUGUUUGGUGUUCUUCCCGAGUUAUAAACUUAUGGACAAAUUACGCAAUCGUUGGUCUUCAAAUAUGUAG